GUUUGUCAAGAACUGUUUGGCAAGCUUGGUGUCACAGCCAGACAGUGCUAUAUAUUGACACCAAAAUUUCUUUCUGGCGCGCGUCCCAUCCCACUCUUAACACAACACAAAACAAAACAAACACAUCCUAUCACAGUUUAAAUUCAAAAACCUUCAUUCACUUUGUUCUUCUUAUUUUGCUUCUGAUUCUUCUUUGCAUGGACUCUUCCAAUUCAUAAAACCCUUUCCAUGAAACACCAUUUCCCUCAUGGUCACAGAUACCAAACCCAUUACUCGUCGGGGCCUCGUCGUCGGCAAUUACUGCCAUGACGUCCUCCUCCGCGACGGCCUCGUCGUCGCCCACUCCCUCGGCGGCGCCGCCUCCUUCAUCUCCGCCGUCCUCGACGGCCUCUCUGUCCCUUACCACCUCGUCUCCAAGGUGGGCCCUGACUUCGCCUACGCCAACAUCACAACCGCUCACCCUCCUCUCGUGGUCCCCACUUCCUCAACAACCCUCUUCCACGCCUAUUUCGGCUCCGAACACCACGACCGGGUCCUGAAACGGGUCGGAUCAUGCGACCCGAUCAGGCCAUCGGACCUUCCCCGCGACGGUCGGUUCGGGUUCGGAAUGGCUGUCGGGGUGGGCGGGGAGAUUCUCCCGGAGACGCUGGAGAGAAUGGUUGAGAUCUGCGAUGAAGUGUUUGUGGAUGUUCAGGGUUUGAUUCGAACGUUCGACGCGGAAGAUGGGAGCGUGAAGCACGUGGGGUUGAAGGAGAGUGGGUUCUUUCACCUUUUGCCGCGAAUUGGGUUCCUGAAGGCUUCGGGUGAUGAGGCCUCGUUCGUUGAUUUGGAGGAGGUGAGAAAGUGGUGCUGUGUUGUGGUGACUCACGGGAAGGAUGGGUGUGACGUGUGUUGGAAAGAUGGUUGCUUCCGUGUUGCGCCGUUUGAGGCGGAUCAGGUUGAUCCCACCGGCGCCGGCGACUGUUUCCUCGGUGGUUUUGCUGCCGGUGUUGUGCAGGGUUUGGCUGUUCCUGAUGCUGCCUUGUUGGGGAACUUCUUUGGUUCCUUGGCUGUGGCACAAGUGGGGCCACCCAAGCUUGAGUUUAGCUUGUUUCAGAUGGUAAAGGAUGAAAUGCACAAAAGGAAGGUGCAGGACUUUCCCUGCUUAGAAAGAAGAGACGAGUGGCUGGGGUUUCGGAAGCCACCUGAUCAAGAUCAAUUUUAUGCAUCUCUUGUUGCUGCCAAAGCCAUAAUUAUGUGUCAGACUCUAGAAUCGGAGUGGAAUCUACUAAGCUCUCCUAAGGCAGUGGAGCAUAAUAAUGUGAAGGCAAGACUUUCACUGAAUUCUCUCCACGAGGAAUCAAUUCCAAGUGUUGAUGAUAAACCCUAACAUCGUGGGAUAUUUGGAGCUGCAAAUCUUUCUGCAAUUCUCCAGCACCCUUCCUUUUUGUCUCAAAUCUCGCUUCGCUUGAAGUAAUCUUUCAUUUUAUGGUGCUUUUUGUACACCAAGUCUCACGUUUAGCCUAAUUGUAGUUUUAUUUACACUAAAUUACUAAUAAAAUGCUCUUACAAAAAAAAAUCAAGAGUUUGAAAUUCCAUUCAAUGUUGUGUACCUUGUCUAUUGUCACUACAAAAGUAAUGAUGAGUAU